AUGACCAUUCACUACUGCGAGAAUAAUGUCCGCCAGAUCACUGCUCUCCUUAUUGGACCUCCUGACACCCCAUACGCUUUUGGAUUCUACCAAUUGAACAUACAGAUUCCUCCUGACUACCCUGCUCGGCCUCCAGCUGUGACGCUCCGAACGACAAACAUGGGCAGAACUCGCUUUGGCCCUAAUCUGUACUCAAAUGGCAAAAUCUGCUUGACAUGGCCUGGCCCACCAAACGAGGCGUGGUCUCCCGCCCAGGGCCUGGAGUCUGUUUUGCUCUCAAUUCAGAGCUUACUCUCCACGAAUCCGUACACCCUGGAGCCUGGCUUUGAAAACCUCGCUCUGCCGCGUGACAAAGAGGCCAGCAAGGUAUACAGUGCCAAGAUUGCCCAUGAGAAUCUGCGACUCACGGUCAUUGCGCCCCUCGAAGUGGCCAUGGGCAUAUCACCAGCUGCAUCGCCAAGCGGAGAGCCUCGGCCCAAGAGAGGGAAGGAAUUCGACUUAACACUGGGCCCGUUUGUUGAUUUCUGCAAACAACGCUUCCUGUGGUAUCGAGAACAAUACAAAAUGGCGAUGCAAGCUGGAAUUGAUGGCGUUGACGACGAAAAGCCGCGCAAUGGCCAGUCUUUUCCCCAUACAUCCUUCGAAUCCAGUGAAAAUUGCAUGUCCGGCGAAUGGAACUACCCAAGCCUGAUGAGGCGUUUUGAGGUUCUGGAGAGGGCCAUGAUGAAAGAAAUCAAUCACUGGCCCAGCGCUGGCCUGGAUCUCAUGAAGCGGGAGACCAGCCUCGCAGUGAACUUACGCGCUCAGCAGGAACAAGUCGUCUCGGAGCUGGCUCUGCGCUCGGAGUCCAUCUUCGACUUGGCUUUGGUUGAUGACAACCCUUUUCUCUGGCUGAUGACAUACUUUGGUCGCUCAGGUACCCCGGUGGAUGAUGGCGUUUUCCAGAUUAGGAUCCAUAUCAGCCCUGACCACCCGAAGGUUCAACCUCGAGUGUUCAUGGAAACCCCAUUGUUUCAUGUUCGUGUGUCGACGGAUCAGAUGCUAAUCUAUCUUCCCGUACGUGCUGAUGAGAUGAUCCGUCAUAUCGAGGGUAUAAUGUUCGCUCUGGAGGAAAAAUUGCCAAUAUGCAACCCACUUAUGGUCGUCAAUCAACAUAGCGCUAGGCUUUGCUGGGGUACGCUAUGUGAACAAAAGGAGUACACUCGUCGACUUCGUCGAUCUGUCGCUGACAGUCUUGAGUAA